AUGUCUUUGGUUCGCAUGCAGCAGCAGCGCAGCAGACUGCGCGCAGAGCCCAUUGCCGAGGUGUGCGGGUUUGUCGCCAGCAACAAGCCGGUGCAGAUAGUGCCGGCCGCCAGCAGACUCCCCCAAUCGCUCUCCAAAGCACCGGCCUACACAUCGCUCCGACGCAGCACCCUUCUGUGCAGCCGCGACACACCCAAAGCCACGGCCGCAGCCGCAGCCAAAACGCAGCACGAGCGCGCGCUCUCCCUCCUCCGCACAGUCCUGGCCACGGCCAAGCUUCCAGAGCCCGCAGCCAGCGAGAAGCAGGCCUGGGGCCUGGACGUCCUUGAGGAGCAGCGGCUGGCGCUGGUGCGCAUGCUGCGCGACACACAGAGCGCACAGGCAGAGAAGGUCGUGGCGGCCCACGCGCUGAUGAGCAGCCGCGCGGCCUGCGGCCUGGUGGACGCCACCAGUGCGCGCGCAUACGGCCGCGCUCUGCGCCAGUCCUCCGCGUACGGCAUAGCCAUGCCGGCGGCAGCGCACGCCGUGUCCAGCAAUGACUCGCUGGCGUCAUCGCUGUCGUCUACGUCGUCCGAGGCCACGCUGAACGAUGGCGACAGCGACGGCGGCGGCGACGACGCAAUGGACGGGCCGUCGAGGCCGGGCCUGAUUGAGUCGUGGGCGGCCAACAGCUUCUGGCGCGGCAUGUCUGCGCGGCCCUGGUCUGCAUCGCGCCCCGGCUCUGUGUGCUCCGACCGCACACUUCCUGUCGCCGACGCCACCGGCAUGUGCUGGUCGCUCGACGCUGGCGACGACGCAGCCAGCGCCUGGGGUCAGUUCUACGCCAGCCUCGGCGGCGUACGCAUUCCCACGCGGUUCCGCCAGCUGAUGAUGCGCAAUGACAAGCUCAGGUGCCCGCUGAAGAACCGCCUGGUGGAGCCCAAUCCCCGCAGGCUGGCCUUCGAGGACCACAUCCGAGCCACUGGCUCCGUGCCCACGCUUGACUUGUCUGCCAGCACCAAGCCGCCAUCUACGCUGCGCCGCCAGCUGUGGCGGUGA